AAGAGCUAGUGGAGCUGAAAACGAUACCGUUUCCACCAUCUUCUCGAAGUAUCCGGAUACCGGAGGAAAAUGGCCGGAAUAGUUGAGUUGUUGCCCAAAGAAUUCGGAUUCGUCGUUCUCACCAUCAUUGCCUACUGUUUUCUCAACGUCUUUAUGCAGAUUCAAGUCGGUAGAGCUCGGAAGAAGUACAAUGUGCCAUACCCUAUUUUGUAUGCUACUGAAGCUGAUAGCAAAGAUUACAAAAUCUACAACUGUAUUCAGAGAGGGCAUCAGAAUUCGCUAGAGGUUUUGCCGAUUUUCUUUAUACUGAUGGUUUUGGGAGGGCUUAGGCACCCAAUUACAUGUUCGGUGCUCGGAGUAGUGUAUAUAGUCAGCCGGUUCUUCUAUUUCACCGGAUAUGCCUCCGGUGAUCCCAAGGGACGUCUUCCUCUAGGGAAAUAUAAUGUUAUCGCGAUAUUGGGGCUUAUGUUUAUCAAUAUCUGGUUCGGAGUGAGUCUUCUCAUGGCAUAAUCCACGACUUAAAAUACUUGUCGUUUGUCUCUUGUUUGUUUCGAUUGGAGCAAGAAAGCGGUUCGAUCUGAGAAAAUAUGUUUUUGUAAUCGUUGUAACUUGGAAUUGUAGUUUGAACUACUUUCUACAAAGUGUAGUUGCUGCUGCUAUCAACACAUGUUUAGUAGUUCAUUCUACAAUCUAUGUGACCAAUAUUUGCAUUCGGGACUUGUCUAUCCUCUAUAUGUAUGGUUUUCAUCAGUUUGGACCAAGCCCGUUCGACCA